CCAGGCACUUCUAAGCUCUGUAUAAAUAUUAACUCAGAGGGUACAAAUAUUAACUUAAAGUCGUUGCAGAAAAAAAAAGCGCGCCUCUGGCGCUUUAAACCUUAAGGUUGGCCUCCUCAUACCCCCGCAACGCUCCCAGAACCCUUCCAGGGACUGGGACUGCUGCCCCUUAUCCGACCUUCUCGCGGGCUUCCCACUGUGCCAAUCAAAGUCCAGAAACCCUGAGGGCUGGAUGCGCGGCUGCUAAGCAACGGCAGAGGGCGGGAAGUUUGAACGUUCUAGACCCGCCCCCCCAAUGCAAAUAGGCCAAUCAGCGUCCAGACUCUUCGGAGACGGCAGUAUAGCCCCUCCUCCUCACUCUGUCGGAUCUCUAGGCUGGAUCCGGGCCUCUCCAAUCAAUAGCGGCUAGGAGGGCGGGGCGUGUGCGCGCGCAUCCCGCUCACGCACCGGCGCGUCCCUCCCGCAGACUCUAGGCGGUUGGUCAGUGAACUUCCAGACUCAUGGCCUCCUUAGGAGCGACCCCAAGCAGGACGCCGCAGGGAUCGGGACCUAGAGAGGCCUCCACCCGCUUCCCCAGCCCGGUCGCAGUGCCGGCCCCCGGGGGGGCCGAGGAAGAGGAAGUCGAGGAGGAGGAACUGGCCGAGAUCCAUCUGUGUGUGCUGUGGAAUUCAGGAUACUUGGGCAUUGCCUACUAUGACACUAGUGACUCCACUAUCCACUUCAUGCCAGAUGCCCCAGACCACGAGAGCCUCAAGCUUCUCCAGAGAGUUCUGGACGAGAUCAAUCCCCAAUCUGUUGUUACGAGUGCCAAACAGGAUGAGAAUAUGACUCGGUUUCUGGGAAAGCUUGCCUCCCAGGAGCACAGAGAGCCUAAGAGACCUGAAAUCAUAUUUUUGCCAAGUGUGGAUUUUGGUCUGGAGAUAAGCAAACAACGCCUCCUUUCUGGAAACUACUCCUUCAUCCCAGACUCCAUGACUGCCACUGAGAAAAUCCUCUUCCUCUCCUCCAUUAUUCCCUUUGACUGCCUCCUCACAGUUCGAGCACUUGGAGGGCUGCUGAAGUUCCUGGGUCGAAGAAGAAUCGGGGUUGAACUGGAAGACUAUAACGUCAGCGUCCCCAUCCUGGCCUUUAAGAAAUUUGUGUUGACUCAUCUGGUGAACUUAGAUCAAGACACUUACAGUGUUCUGCAGAUCUUUAAGAGCGAAUCUCACCCUUCAGUAUACAAAGUGGCCAGUGGACUGAAGGAGGGGCUCAGCCUCUUUGGAAUUCUCAACAGAUGCCGCUGUAAGUGGGGAGAGAAGCUACUCAGGCUGUGGUUCACGCGUCCAACUCAUGACCUGGGGGAACUCAAUUCUCGUCUGGACGUCAUUCAGUUUUUCCUGCUGCCCCAGAAUCUGGACAUGGCUCAGAUGCUGCAUCGACUCCUGGGUCAUAUCAAGAACGUUCCUCUGAUUCUGAAACGCAUGAAGUUGUCCCACACCAAGGUCAGCGACUGGCAGGUUCUCUACAAGACGGUGUACAGUGCCUUGGGCCUGAGGGAUGCCUGCUGCUCCCUGCCGCAGUCCAUCCAGCUCUUUCGGGACAUUGCUCAAGAGUUCUCUGAUGACCUGCACCACAUCGCCAGCCUCAUUGGGAAAGUAGUAGACUUUGAGGGCAGUCUUGCUGAAAAUCGCUUCACAGUGCUCCCCAACAUAGAUCCUGAAAUUGAUGAGAAAAAACGAAGAUUGAUGGGACUUCCCAAUUUCCUCACUGAGGUUGCCCGCAAGGAGCUGGAGAAUCUGGACUCCCGUAUUCCUUCAUGCAGUGUCAUCUAUAUCCCUCUGAUCGGCUUCCUUCUUUGUAUUCCUCGCCUGUCUUCCAUGGUAGAGGCCAGUGACUUUGAGAUUGACGGACUGGACUUCAUGUUUCUCUCAGAGGAGAAGCUUCACUAUCGUAGUGCCCGAACCAAGGAGCUGGAUGCAUUGCUGGGGGACCUGCACUGCGAGAUCCGGGACCAGGAGACGCUGCUGAUGUACCAGUUGCAGUGCCAGGUGCUAGCACGAGCAGCUGUCUUAACCCGAGUAUUAGACCUUGCCUCCCGCCUGGACGUCCUGCUGGCUCUUGCCAGUGCUGCCCGGGACUAUGGCUACUCAAGGCCCCGUUACUCCCCACAAGUCCUUGGGGUACGAAUCCAGAAUGGCAGACAUCCUCUGAUGGAACUCUGUGCCCGAACCUUUGUGCCCAACUCCACAGAAUGUGGUGGGGACAAAGGAAGAGUCAAAGUCAUCACUGGACCCAACUCAUCAGGGAAGAGCAUAUACCUCAAACAGGUAGGCUUGAUCGUAUUCAUGGCCCUGGUAGGCAGCUUUGUGCCAGCAGAGGAGGCCGAAAUUGGAGCAGUAGAUGCCAUCUUCACGCGAAUUCAUAGCUGUGAAUCCAUCUCCCUUGGCCUCUCCACCUUCAUGAUCGACCUCAACCAGGUGGCGAAAGCAGUGAACAAUGCCACUGCACAGUCGCUGGUCCUCAUUGAUGAAUUCGGAAAGGGAACCAACACGGUGGAUGGGCUUGCACUUCUGGCCGCUGUGCUCCGACACUGGCUGGCACUUGGACGCACAUGCCCCCACAUCUUUGUGGCCACCAACUUUCUGAGCCUUGUUCAGCUACAGCUGCUGCCACAAGGGCCCCUGGUGCAGUAUUUGACCAUGGAGACCUGUGAGGAUGGCAACGACCUGGUCUUCUUCUAUCAGGUUUGCGAAGGUGUGGCGAAGGCAAGCCAUGCUUCCCACACGGCUGUCCAGGCUGGGCUUCCCAACAGACUCGUGGCUCGUGGCAAGGAGGUGAUGAGAUCCAAAUGCACAACCACCUGCACCUCAGAGCUCCCUUCCAUUCCUACUCCUGUUGGGCCUGGGUCUAGGUCCACAGAAUUUCUGACUCUUAUUUCCCCUUCUCUUCCCCAACUCCCCUCAGCUCUCCAACCUUGUUGCUUGCUGUUCCUAGGUCUCAGACUUGAUCCGAAGUGGAAAACCCAUCAAGCCUGUCAAGGAUUUGCUAAAAAAGAACCAAAUGGAAAAGUGAGUGCGUGGCCCCAGUGUCUUCACUCUCUGCAUCUUCUCCUAUGGCUCUUCUCCCCUUUUCAGGGACUCAUCUUUCCUCCAGCACUUUGCUCUUCAGAAACACAUCAUUUCUUUCUGAAAUCCCUAAAUCUUCAAGAUCCCAGGUUUUCUGUGCCACAGCCUCUCCCCUCUGCCCAGGGACUUAGUUGUCCAUUCUCCCAUAAAUCUCGCUUUUUCUCUUUCUUCAGUUGCCAGACAUUAGUGGAUAAGUUUAUGAAACUGGAUUUGGAAGAUCCUAACCUGGACUUGAACGUUUUCAUGAGCCAGGAAGUGCUGCCUGCUGCCACCAGCAUCCUCUGAGAGUCCCUCCUGUGCCCUUCUCAGCCUCCUGAGACCCCAGUGGGCUGCCAUGCCCUCUUUGUUUUCUUAUCUCCUUCAGACCCAGAAUUUUUAGUUUCUCUGGAAAUUUUGUUUCAUAUCAGGAAUAAAGUUUAUUUUGGAGAAA